AUGGAAGCAUCCGCAAAGGAAGGUAAAAAAUCCUUGAACUGCUACGCCUGUGGCAUUGAUUGCACUCGAGUUCGAUUCCACUACGCAAAAUCAGCCCCCGUAUCAACCACCACAAACCCAUCAGAACUCAAAUACGAUCUGUGCCCCAACUGCUACCUCCAGGGUAGGAUGCCAUCCUCCCACCAAGCUUCCGAUUUCGUCAAGCUAGAGGAUAGCCAGUAUACUACCAUACAGGACCGUGAGAAACCAUGGUCAAACUCAGAGCUCCUUUUGCUCCUUGAGGCUCUCGAGAACUUUGAUGACAAUUGGCAGCAGAUUUCCCGACAUGUCGGUACACGAACUCCGGAAGAGUGUGUUAUGAAAUUUCUCCAACUUGAAAUUGAAGACAAGUAUCUUGAGGAUCCUGUUGAGGGCACCUCUUCUAUGCUGGGCUCUGCCGGUGGACGAGAGCCGGUCAGCCAGCUCGAGAAUCCAGUCUUGUCUGUGGUAACUUACCUGGCACAAAUGACCGAGCCUUCCGUUGCUGCUGCGGCCGCCGGCCGAACGGUUGAAGAGAUGCGCCGUGAUCUACAGAAACAACUCGACAAACGUACCGCAUCCACGACCAAGGAGAAAGACACUGAGAAGACCGGAGAAAAAGGAAAAGAAGCAGAAUCAAUGAAAGCCGAGGACUCCAUGGAAAUCGAUACUGCAAACGAAGGCCAGGAAGCGCCUACCUCAUCUACAAGCCAGGGAAAGACAGCCCAAGCCACCAUUGCCUCCAUUGGCCUGGCUGCGUCUGCUGCCCGAGCCGGGGCCUUAGCAUCGCAUGAAGAGAGAGAAAUGACCCGCCUUGUGGGUGCUGCUGUCAACCUCACAUUGCAGAAGCUUGAAUUGAAACUAGCGCAAUUCUCGGAACUCGAGGCGGUUGUUGAAGCUGAGCGCCGAGACCUUGAGCAAGCCAGACAACAACUCUUCCUCGACCGCCUCGGACUCAAGAGGAGGAUCAAGGAAGUAGAAGAAGCCUUCAAGGCUGCUAGCUUAGAAGGAAACGAAGCCGGGGCUGCCGUUGCCGCUCAAGCUCAAACAAUCGGACUCGGCGAGAAUUAUACCUUCCAGCAGACAAGCGCAGACAAUGGCGUUAACGCCGUUCAGCCAUACAGUGCUAGUGGAGGCCCAGACUACAAAUCAUAUGAAAUAUGA